GCUUACAUAAGCGAGUCAUGCUGUGUGACGAUAUGCGGUAGAACGCGCUUUAUUUGCUAGGGUAUUUUAUUAUCUUGCGAGCUCAAUUCUCGACUCCAAUCACCUUGUAUAAUACACCCAACCGCUUCUUAUCCUAAUAUCAAUAGUCUCUAACAGCCGUCGCCAUGACUUCCGUCGAUGCGAAGCUGCUGAAGUCGACCAAGUUUCCAUCCGAAUUCAAUCAGAAAGUCGACUUUCAGAAGGUUAAUUUGGAGGUAAUGAAAAAAUGGAUCGCAGGAAAGAUAUCAGAUAUAUUGGGAGCUGAAGACGAUGUUGUGAUUGAACUAUGUUUUAAUCUCAUUGAGGGCUCACGAUAUCCGGAUAUCAAAAAGUUACAAAUAUCACUCACCGGUUUUCUCGACAAAGAUACGCCAGGGUUUUGCAAGGAGUUAUGGAAACUAUGUCUCAGUGCGCAGGCCAGUCCUCAAGGUGUUCCCAAAGAACUUCUUGAGGCGAAAAAGUUGGAACUUAUACAGGAAAAGAUACAAGCCGAACAGGCUGCAGAUGAUGCACGUCGGCGUCGCGAGGACGGUGAACGGAGAGACCGCGAAAUGCACGCAAUAAGAGAUCGCGAACGAGGUGAUCGCGGCGGACGUGGGCGAGGAGGAGGAGAUAGCUGGCGCGGUGGUCGCGGAGAUCGGGAUUUCGAUCGAAGUGGUGGCAGAGGGUUCGAUCGAAGAGGUCCAAGAUAUUCGAGGUCGCCACGCGGAGCGCGAGACAACAGAGUCUAUGUCCUACCACCUCGAAGUGAUACCUACGUUCCCGCAACUCGUGAUAGACGAGACGAAAGGCGAAGACCAUCUUUAUCACGCUCUAGGUCGCCUACAAGAUCAAAGUCCCCAUCGCGAUCUCCAUCAAGACGACGCAGUCGGUCAGCUUCGGAAUCUAGGUCACCAUCACCCCGUAGGCGCAGGUCCAGAUCACCAGAGAGGCGCAAUCGCGGGAGGGGUGGUAGGGGACGCGCCAGAAGCCCAGAGAGAAGGCCACGCCGUAGAUCCCCUUCGACUUCAAAAUCCCGCUCUCCACCUCGAAAGCGAAGAAGAGCUUCAACAGAAUCUUUGAGUCGUUCUCCACCUCCAAAGUCUCGCAGAUACCGUCGUCGUAACACGAGUUCUAGAUCUAGAUCUCGCUCUUCAUCUCCCUCAUUAAGUCGAAGCCCAACCCCCCGGAAGAGAAGUGCCUCACCCUCAAGUCCUGGUAGAAAAGAUAGACGAGGCAGUCGCGAUGUGAGGCGACUAUCGCGAAGCAUUAGCCGGAGCGCUUCUCCUCCUGUCAGACGUCGUAGGGAUUCUUCAAAGGAUGAAGUCCGUAAUGGAAGGAAUGAUAAUGGGAAGAGACAACGUUCCCUGCAAAGAUAUGAGCCCACAAGCCGAAGAAGAAGGAAUAGUUCUUCAGAUGUAGAUGAUGGAAGAAACAAGAGGGCUGAUACUGAAGAAAAAAGUGAUAGGGGAUCACCAAUUCGAGACGUCGAAGCCAACAAAACAGCUGGAUCUGCCGAACCUGCACAGGUAGGUAGUGAUUCAUAAGGCAAGGGGAGAAUCUCAUAUGUAUCGAAAGAAAGUCCGACUAAGUUCACAUUCGUUAUCUCGCUGACCCGUCUUUUUGGCAUCAGAAUUUGAGAAAAGAUCCGCAGAAGUUAUCCACCGAAUUGCGAGAAAAAUUGUUAAGGGAAAAGAUUAAGAAGAUGAGAACUUCGAGUUCCACCGAACAUUCAAUAACUAAUGCUAACGCUCAUUGAGGAACAAAUCAAUCGAUUCAGGCAUACAAGGGCCAUGGCAAUAGGGAGAUACUGGCACAUAAAAGAAAAUAUAUUUACAACA